CUGAGCACCCUCUGUCUGUGUGAGUGUGUCUGAGUGUGUGUGUGUGUUUCUGAGUGUGUGUGUUAUGGCCUCUGUGACGGACGAGCCAUACCGUAAGAUGCUAUUGCUAGGAGCCAUCGCCGCGGCGUCAGCCUUCGUGGUCACCAUCUUCGUCGUUGUGGUCUGUGUCGGCUGUCAGAGGAAAAACAAGACCAAGCAUCCUCCGGCCAAUGGAGAGAAGGGCACCUCAGUAGACAUGGGUGCUCUCCGUCAGCCCAAGAACAGCUCCAUGAGUAAAUCUGACACCAGGCUGCAUGAGAUCAACCGCCUGCCCUGCAACGGCAACAGUGGGGGUAAGAACCGUCCAGCCAGUAUGGAUCUUCUCCUCCUCCACAGCCGUCGCUCCACAUCUGACCUCCGGCCCCCCCUGGUCCGCCUACUCCCCCAGAUCCCCACCAGCCCAGUGGGGGAAGGAGACCCCGAGGGGGGAGACAUUCGGGGGGGAGGAGGAGACGGGGUCAGAGACCACACCUACACUGAGGUGGGAAUCCGGAACUCACCCGUCCGUUGCCUUGAUGAUGGGCUGUAUGAGGUUGUAGGGGUUCGAGAGGCGGAUACGGUGCUUCCCGCUCCCCCUCCCACGUCGGCCAACACCCCGGCAACACUGAGGGCCUCACAGAGCCCCAAUGGGACCCACACCAAUGUGGUACACAACGGGAACGGGAAUGGAAAUGGGAAUGGGAAGGGCAGAGGAGCUGUUAAUGGCAGUAGCACUCUUGGUAGAGGAGGAGGGAAGGGGCCCAACGGUGCUAACGGUGUUAACGGAUCUAGCGGCUCGCUCCUGUCCUCCCUUCCCUCCCUGUCCAUCCAGGACCCAGUAAUGGCAGAAUACGCCUCCAUCCGGAAGGUCAAGAAGGUGAACAAGGCAAUGAAGAACGAGAUAGGGAACACAGAGUCAGAUGACCAAUCAAGUGUCCAAUCAAGUGUGGGAGAGUCACCCUCUGCCCCACCCGCUCUGCUGUCCUGCAGCCAGGAGUUUCCACGGAAACAGCUGGAGCCAUUCCACCUGCACGUCUUCCCGAAGGAGACGGUGUUCAUGGGGAAUGGGGAACAGUACAUCUGGAAGCCCCCUGAGGACAGUGACAUCAUCACCCUGCACCCAGCGCCUGCACCCCCGGGGGAGAAUGGACAGGGAUACACACCUACAGCCAUGGAGAUCGCAGACACGUACUCCACCGUGUGUAAACCACAGAAGAAGAAACCUUCCCCGUACAACAGUGGAGCCAAUACCCUCCCCCGCAACCACUGCUCUGGGGAGAAGAAUGGAGGAGGUAGGGGAGGAGGAGCAGGAGGGAAUGAGGGAGGGAACAGGGCGUGGGGUGGUCCCGGUGAAGGGGCGAGAGGUGGCGGUCGGGGGAUCCAGGGUGGCCAGGCCAGAUCCCACGAGGAGCCCUGCUACGAGCCCGUCGGUGACAGGUCCUGGCCCGGCUGCGUGGUGGCCGAGUCAGACCCGGCGUAUGCCACUAUCGACUCCCACCGGAAACGUGAGUGGGCAGGAACCAAUAACGGUGCGCUGGGGGCGAACGCAACACUGAAGCCCAGGAAGAAGCCUCCUCAGCAGGGAGCGUCGUCUCCAGAGGCCCCGUGCCCCCAGGGACCUCCAGCAUGCCCCCCGGCCCCUCCGUCCAGGGCCUUGCCUGGGGGGGAGAACUUCUAUGAGACCAUCAGCGAUGUGAAACAGGGGGCCAACAGCGCCAGCACCACCACCAUCUUCACCUUCAACGACGGGAUGGAGAUGUACGUCACUGGCCUGUAGCUGAGAGAUACUGGCUCACACACAGACACACACUGGGCUGGGUUCGGACCUGUUUGGGUUCUUCUGACCCUGUCUACACCUGAUAUACCCUAUGAAAGUGACUGGAAGCAAUGUACAUAAAGCCCCACAGUGGCGGUGUCGUAAU